GCUGAGGCUGAAGUGGCUUCUCUGAACCGUCGUAUCCAGCUGGUGGAGGAGGAGUUGGACCGAGCCCAGGAGCGCCUGGCCACUGCUUUGCAGAAACUGGAGGAGGCUGAGAAGGCAGCUGAUGAGAGUGAGAGAGGCAUGAAGGUCAUCGAAAACAGGGCCAUGAAAGAUGAGGAGAAGAUGGAGCUCCAGGAAAUGCAGCUGAAGGAGGCGAAGCACAUAGCAGAGGAGGCUGACCGCAAAUACGAGGAGGUUGCUCGCAAGCUGGUCGUCCUUGAGGGAGAGCUGGAGCGCUCAGAAGAGAGGGCAGAGGUGGCAGAGAGCCGAGUGAGACAGUUGGAAGAAGAGCUGCGGACCAUGGACCAGACUCUCAAAUCCCUCAUUGCCUCAGAGGAAGAG